UAAAACUCCCAACAUGCACUGCGUAAUCCUACCUGAAGCUUCUUGUAUUUAAAUACCCUAGAUACGUCUUAAAGACUGAAGAUACAGCGAAGACAAGAGGCUGCAGAACACAGGAGAAAACCCAGAAGGAAAUGGCUUUGGUGAAGAGCGGAUGGCUCUGGAGACAAAGCUCUGUUUUGCGGAGAUGGAAAAAGCACUGGUUUGACCUAUGGCUGGAUGGCGGUUUGGUCUAUUAUCCUGAUGAAAGUCGCCAAAACAUGGAGGAACGGAUCCUACUGACACAUAAUUGUUUGAAUGUCAGGGCCGGGCAAGAGUGUGGAGAUAUUGAGCCUCCGGAGGGAAGUAACCGGGAUUCAUUACUGACAAUAGAGAUGAGGGAUCGCUCCAGGCUGGUGCUGUGUGCAGAGAGUGGGGACGAUGCAGUUGCUUGGAAGUUAGCUUUACCGGACGCAAGAUCCCAGCCGGUCUACAUAUAUAAUCCAUAUGACGACAACUACCACACUGUCGCAGCGAACUCUCAUCAGGCUGUGUACAUCAAUCCUGGCUACUACGAGCAUGGCUACGGUCCCGGAGUGACGCGAGUGAUUGUCAGGGACAACCGUGAUUCGUUAGGCGAACAGAUGGCUCUGGGUUUUCUGGCGGGAGCCUUGACCACCAGCGCUUUCAGUUCCAUCAUGUGGCUUCCCUGCUGGUUUUAGGGGCCCGGGUCUGGCAGAUAAUUGGCUAAAGCAGGCAUGCUCAACCUGUGGCUCUCCAGCUGUUGGGCAUGCUGGGAGUUGUAGUUUUGCAACAGCUGGAGGGCCGCAGGUUGAGCAUGCCUGGACUAAAGCUUUAUCAGUUCGGGGAGCGGUCUAUUCCCAAAUCCAAUUAACCCUUGCAGGUUGUUCGGAAACCUUAGAUGCCAUCAGUCGUCCCACAGGAGAGCAAAACAUAAUGUGCAAUCUGGAGUCCUUAACCCUUUAUUAGACUCUGCGCCACUUUAUUAUAUCCUUUACUGUAGAUGCGAUUGAAUAGUUUACAUUUGGGUUAGAAUUCAAAUGAUCUCCUGUGGCUUUAAGAGGUACUUAAAGGGACGGUGCACAGAAUUGCUUGAAAAUGAUGAAUGUAAAUAUUUAAUUCUGAAAUAAAGCAGACUGAGGAUGUG